CCAAGCACCUGCUGACCUAAUUUCCGAAAGCAUGGCAUCUGUUGAUUUCACGAACCACACCACUUCUUCUAUGGUUUAAAAAAAGUCAAUAUAUGGAAGAUGGCAGAAAAGAAGAGACUGUACGUUGGGGGAUUGUUUGAGGAGGUCACUGAAGAUGACCUCCGGACUAAGUUUGCCAGGUUUGGAAAUAUCAAUGGCAUUGAUAUCAGGUUACAAAAGGAUCUAACUGGUGUAAAUGCUGGAAGCAAGACCUUUGCUUACCUAGACAUAAGUAUCACUGAUGCUGAUCUGAAAAAGUGUAUUAAUAUGUAUAACAAGACAAAGUGGAAAGGAAGAGAAGUCAAGAUACAACUGGCCAAGGAAAGUUUCUUAGACAGGUUGAAACGAGAACGAGAAAGUCUGAAAAUUGAGCCUGAGGAAGUGAAACCAAAAAAGUCCAAGUCUGCUUCAGUGGUGCUUCAUGAUCCCUUCAAAGACCAGCCUAAUUUGGACAGAGACACUCUCACAGUGAAAGGUGCCAUCCCUGGGACUGAGCUGACUGGAGAAAAGGACUGGGUUGUUGGAAAGUAUGGAAGAGUUUUACCAGUUGUAAACAUCAGGCAAAAAGAUAAGAAGAAGCUCCUUCGGGUGGACCCCUCCAAGCAGUGCCACCAACUAACCAAAGUUAAAGAUGACCACAGGUUUGACCAGUGUCCAGUUCAGUCCCUGACCUGGGAAAUGGACCAGGAUGAUUCAGCAAUCACCAAGAAAAGAAAGGGGGAAUUUGAGAAAUGGACUCAUCUGAAAUCACCACAGAAGAACAACAAUACCAAAUCCAAUAUGGAUUUAAAAGUGACCCCCAUUCAGAAUGGCACUGUUAGCUCUAAAUUGAAAGAAAACUCAAUGAACUCAGACUUUGAAAUUGUUUCUGAAAGCCAUAUGUCUGCAGUAAAACCAUCACAGGAUAGAGUUAAUUUGACAAAAAGUUUUAAAAAGAAGAAAAAGGGAAACAGUAAUACUGAGAGCAGUAAUAUCCAAAACCAGGGAGAUGAAUCUGGGAGUGAGUCUGCAAGUUCUGCUGAUACAGAUGAACUGCUCACUUCAAAUAAAUCAAAAUCUAAGUCAUCAAAAUCACCUCUGACCCAAAGUUUACCCAAGUUGAAAAAUAAUGCUGAAAGCAUCAAGAAACAGAACAAUGAGAAAUCUAAUGUAAGGCCAUGUGAAAUGCAAUUAGAUCAAUCUUCAAAAAUUUCGUCAAGAACUUCUGUUAAGCAUGGACCAAUUACCAAACAAAAGCAAUUGACACAGUCAGUAACUGGAACUGUUAAUAGUGAAAGUGAUGACAAUAAUAGCAGUGAUGAGGAGUCUUCUUCGAACUCGGACUCUCCUGCUAAUAUAAACACAUUAACAAGAUGGAGGUCUCAUUUAGAACCUCGAAAUGACUGCAAUGACAGUAAGGAGACAGAUUCUGAAAAGGAAAAGAGUUCAGAGGGAGUUAAACCACAGGAAAAAAUUCAAAGAAAUGACAACAAUAUAGAUGGAGAUUCCUCUGCUGACUCUGAUAAUGUUAAAUCUACCAAGAAAACUGUAUUGCAGCCUAAGCAACAUUUAGCAAAUGAUCCUGUAAAAGAACCCCAAGCUCCAAGGGGAGUCAGUCCUCCAUCUAGUUCAGAUGAGGAAAGUGAUAUUGAAGAAUUGAUCAGACAAGAGAGGGAGAAAGAGAGGUUGAGACAAGGCACAAACAAACCUGGUACUGAUAAUGCUGAUGAUGGUGAUGAUUUUGAAGUUGUUCCUGUUGGUUUGUCUUCCUCCAGUGCCAUCAGUAGAGGUCAGGUUGCUAUGAUUAAGAAUAAAACUAAGCAUGGUGAAGCUGAAGACAGCAAUUUAGCCAAAUUUUCUGAUGGUGAGAGUAGUGAUUCUUCCAGCUCAGAUUCAGAUGACAAAGUAUCAGAGAAAACAGUUGCCAAGGCAGUAGUCAAAAAGACAUCAAGUGGCCUUGGUAUGAAAUCUGGCCAAAAAGAGAGAAAGCUGUCAAACUUGAAUACAGAAGUCUCUACUGCUGCAUCUCAGAGCAGAACUAGUGUGCGUUCACCAAUUAAAUCUGGUCAGGGACAUACGAGCAUGUCUGUAACAAAGCCCAAAUCACCAGUAGGUGAAGAAGGCAAAAAGAAAAACAUACCAGUAGGUGGCAGUGCAAGCAGAAUGACAGAGGAGAAACACCAGAGUGACAAUGAGAAGAGAUUGCAGGCAUUGAAACAGAGGCAAAAAGAGACUCGGGACCAAAAGCGUGCCAUACAACAGGCCCUGGCUGCAUUGGACAGUGGCAGCACGUUGAAUAAGCGCAUUGUGUUUGACUCAGACUCUGAGGAGGAACAGCAACCUAUACAAAGUGUACCCAGUUCAAGUACCAAGACCCAGAAAGAAGAAAUUACAGUUUUAAAAUCUUUGAAAAGUCAAACCAAGAAGGCCCCCAAGACCUCAGUUUUGUUUGACAGUGAUGACAGUGAUGCAGAAGAAAAUGAAGAGGCAGACAUGUUCAGACUGCGACCACAAUUCGAGGGCAAGGCAGGGCAGAAGUUAAUGAAGCUGCAGGGACGAUUUGGAAGUGACAGUCGUUUCAGGCUGGACGAGAGGUUCCAGGAGAGUGACAGUGGAGAGGAAGGAGAUACACAAGAAGAUAUCCACCAGGAUUCUGAAAUGGCAGAAGAUGAGAAUAGUUUGCAGAAAGAAAAGAAGAAAGCUCUUGAGAUCUUAAAGACAGUGGUUGGGGAAAGUGAACGGGUUAAACGACGGUCUGCAUUCACAGAUAUUAGUGGUGUAAGAUAUGAUCCCACCAGAGAAGAACACAAGCAGUUUGAGUUGAAGAUAGAGUCAACAGUUCCUGCUAAAAAGGAAAAGAAAAAGAAACAAACCGAGAAUAAAGUGGAUGAUGAAAAGACAGACAUAGAUCCUGUGCCUGAAGUUUCUAAAGAAAAAUUCUAUGAAGUCAGUACAUCUUUUAAGGACAUAUUUGGUGGUGCAAGUGAUCAAGGUUUUAGUUUCCUUGGCAACAGCAAACAGUCACCAGAGAAAGGCACCAGUAGCAGCAAUGAGGAGAUGAAUGAUAAAGAACUGAAAACUAAACCUUCCCCUCUGCCAAGCACAUUGCCAUGGCAACAGGAGAAUUUCUGCUUCACAAACAGUGAUGAUGGGGAGGAUAAUGAAGAUGAUGAAGAAAAGGCCAGUAAACACAGUAAUAUAAGUGAGCGUCAUGCAGAAACAAUGCCUGUGCAGUCUACCGCAGUAAAGACUUUCUUUUUCAAGGAAGAUGACAAUAGACUUAAAGAGGGCAUAGCUUUUUUCCACAGACAGGAGGGAUUGGAGGAGAUCAGAAAGAAGUGGAACGAAAGGAAACCAGAUCUAGUAGAGGAAUACAGAAUGAAAAGGAAAAAAGCACUGAGAAGAAACAAACUGCAGGCUUCCUCAAAAAAGAAAAGAAUGCCUCAGUAUUUUACCAAGGCAAAGCGAUGAUGUCGGCCUUUUUUCCCAGCAGUCUCUCACAGCUGUCAAAAGAAUUCAUGUUGACACAAAAAAUGUUUUUAGUAACAUUACCACAUGUUUAAGAUAAGCACAUAUAUACUAUAGUAUGUGAUAAUGGGAUUUACAAGAGAGAAAAUAGAACUAAAAUUUGUGAGGCAUAUUUUUCACAUGAGGGUUCAAUGGAACAAUAAUUUUGAGACUUCUUGAUGUUAACACAUGGUGCUAAUGAACAUUUUAAAACGUGUUGAAACUAGAGGAUCAGAGAGGCGAUACCGCCUCCAGGUAUUGUACCAACAGCUGGAUUAAGCGCAUUCAUAUGGAAAACAAAAAAAGGGGGACACCACAUCCAGUGUUGUGCUUGACAAGCUCUACAAAAUGCAGUA